AAUACCUGUUCUUGCAGUAGAAACAAAAGCUGAUCGAGUGUCAUAGAUUGUUGAGGUUCAUAUGCUCACCAAAUCACAGAGAGGUUUCAGGACAGUGGGCAAUAAUUCACAUCUAUUGAGGAAAUUCAUGGAUCUCGCUCUUUGAAGAGGAAUACUCAGUGUGGGGAGUUUAUUUGCUAACAAAGGAUGGAUUCAGGGAAGUGUACAUCUAGAAAUGGUGCUUCAUCAUCAAAUAUGGCACAUACAAGCUUCCUGAAUAGGGUAUACACAAAAUCUCUCUUCGAAGAAGAAGAGAGAUUUGCUGAACAUGCCACAAUAAAGGAUGUAAAUAUUGACCUCAGAGAAGUUUAUUUUCUGAUUAUGCAUUUUUUGUCAUCUGGGCCGUGCCGAAAAACGUUUGGAAUAUUCUGUGAUGAACUUUUGGAACAUGAGCUUCUGCCUAGGAGAUAUCAUGCUUGGUAUUCAAGAAAAGGUGUACUCAGUGGAGAUGAUGAUGACGAUGACAUUUCUUUCCCUCUAAAUUAUGAUGAUCUGAUCCUAAGGUAUCCUCAUGUUGAAAAAGAUCACUUAGUAAAGUUGCUUAAACAACUGCUGCUGAAUUCGGGUCCUCCUUUGCAAUGUGGUGGGGGAGAUUCCCCUGGUGCUGCUGAUGUCCCCACGCUACUUGGAUCUGGGCCUUUUUCUCUUUUGACUUGUGAGCGAAAUAGAGUCAAUAAGCAAGCACAAUCCCUUCCUUCAUACCUCCGUUGGCCACACAUGCCGGCUAAUCAGGUGCAUGGUCUAACUUUAAGAGAGAUUGGAGGAGGUUUCCCAAAACAUCAUCGUGCUCCAUCUAUCCGUCUUGCAAGUUAUGCUGUUGCAAAGCCGUCAACUAUGGUCCAAAAGAUGCAAAACAUAAAGAAACUAAGGGGACAUAGGGAUGCUGUUUAUUGUGCAAUAUUUGAUCGCUCAGGAAGAUAUGUGAUUACUGGUUCUGAUGAUCGCCUCGUCAAGGUUUGGUCAAUGGAAACUGGAUUAUGCCUGGCUAGUUGCCGAGGACAUGAAGGUGACAUCACUGAUUUAGCUGUCAGUUCAAACAAUGCUUUGGUGGCAUCUGCAUCAAAUGACUACAGCAUUCGAGUUUGGCGCUUGCCAGAUGGAUUACCUAUUUCAGUUUUGCGUGGUCACACUGGAGCUGUUACUGCCAUCGCAUUUACUCCAAAAACUAGCUCUGUGUAUCAGCUUCUAUCGUCCUCAGAUGAUGGAACUUGUCGCAUUUGGGAUGCUAGGUCUUCUCAAUGUGUUCCACGUGUUUACUCGCCAAGACCAAAGGAUAACGUUUCAGUGAGGAGCAGUGGUACCGCAGCAACCAACCUUCAGUCCUCAAGUAAUACAUCGCAUAGCCAUCAAAUUUUGUGUUGUGCAUACAAUGCCAAUGGAACUGUCUUUGUCACUGGCAGCUCUGAUACUUUAGCAAGGGUCUGGAGUGCUUGUAAAUUCUCCCCAGAUCACCCCGAGGAGCUAAAUCAUGAAAUAGAUACAUUAUCUGGUCACGAAAAUGAUGUCAACUAUGUACAGUUCAGUGGCUGUGCAGUUGCUUCACGAUCUUCAACUUCUGAUUCCAUUGUGGAGGACUGCAUUCCUAAAUUUAGGAAUUCUUGGUUUAGCCAUGACAACAUUGUCACUUGUUCCCGUGACGGAAGUGCAAUUAUUUGGACCCCAAAACCACGCAAGUCGUCCCAUGGAAAACAUGGACGUUCUUGGGGUAAGGCAUAUCAUCUUAAAGUUCCUCCUCCACCAAUGCCACCACAGCCUCCUCGAGGAGGGCCACGGCAGAGAUUUCGCCCUACUCCUCGCGGUGUUAACAUGAUAGUGUGGAGCCUGGAUAAUCGCUUUGUACUGGCUGCUAUCAUGGAUUGCCGAAUUUGUGUUUGGAAUGCUAGUGAUGGUAGCUUGGUGCACUCCUUGACUGGUCACGCACAGUCUACAUAUGUUCUGGAUGUUCAUCCUUUCAACCCCAGAAUCGCAAUGAGUGCUGGUUAUGAUGGGAAAACCAUCCUGUGGGAUAUAUGGGAGGGGAUCCCCAUCCGCACAUAUGAUAUAGGACGCUUUAAGUUGGUUGAUGGAAAGUUUUCACAGGAUGGAACAUCAAUUGUUCUUUCUGAUGAUGUUGGACAAAUAUAUUUAUUAAAUACAGGCCAAGGCGAGUCUCAAAAGGAUGCUAAAUAUGAUCAGUUCUUCCUUGGGGAUUACCGGCCCCUUAUCCAGGAUGUGCAGGGGAAUGUUCUUGAUCAGGAGACACAGUUAGCUCCAUAUCGGAGGAACAUGCAAGAUCUUCUUUGUGAUGCAAGUAUGCUUCCAUAUCCUGAACCAUAUCAGAGUACGUACCAGCGCCGCCGCCUAGGAGCUCUGGGUACCGAGUGGCGUCCUUCUUCAAUUAAAUUUUCUGUAGGCACAGACGGUGGUUUGGGCCUAGGAUACCAGGUUUUACCAGUGGCUGACUUGGAUAUAAUAGCUGAACCACUGCCGGAGUUUGUGGAUACCCUUUUCUGGGAGCCAGAUAAUGUUAUUCUGAAUGAUGAGACUGAUUCAGAAUAUAAUAUGAAUGAAGAGCUUUCUGCUGAAGGAGAGCGUGAAUGUUUAAGAGACGGCUCUUCUAGUGGUUCAGUAUGUAGUGAAGAACAGAAGAUGAGACGGAGUCGGAAAGAUAGCCUACGCAGAUCAAAAAGGAAAAUAUCUGUAUCAGAAGUGGAAGCCGCAUCAUCUGGAAGGCGUCUUAGGAAGAAAGUUAAGGAUGAUGAUGUUGGCACUUCAUGUAGAAGUCUUAGAACUAGGAAAUCAAGAAAUGGGCAGAAAGCUACCACUAAAAGGAAGUCAUCUAAACCAAAGUCAUUCAGAUCUCACCAUGGAGCUGCACAUCCUGAAAUUGUAUAUCAGCAAUAUGACAUUUCUUCAGAUGAUGAAGAUGAAGCUAGCUCUGAGGAUGAUUCAUUGGAAACUGAAUCAUUAGAAUGUUGGUCAAGCGAUCAGAAUAUUGCAUCUGAUGACAAACUGACAAGCACACCGCGGAGCUAUCCAACAGGUGGAGCUAUCGAUGUGCCUCCUAAAUCCACUGAACCUCUGACAAACGGCGAGAACAAAAGGAGAUUGGUCCUGAAAUUGAAAAUCCGUGAUGCUAAUAAGCUUGAGCUAUCAAAAGACACUGCAGCUCAGUGUGGUGAUCAAGCUGAUAAGCCAUGUUCUUCUCAAGCUGGUGAAGAGAUAAUUGAAGAUAAUGUGGUGAACCUAAGGUUAAAGGAGCCAGGAUCAUCCUCUGCAGACAAGAUUGGCAUGAAGCUGUUUGGGAAAUACAGUAAAACUGAACAUAUGGUUAAUGACAAGGAGGCCAAAGAUGUUUUAAAUGAGCAAGUCGAUAGAAAACCUUCUGCUGGUCCAGAUUUCCAAAAUCUGGCUCUGGCCGAUAAUUUAAUGGCCGAGGCUCAAACGAAUCUGGGACAAUCUGAGGCUAGCAGUUUGCUGGCUGGAAAUGGUCCUGGAGAUGCACUGUGUUUCUCAGGAGUUGCUAAAAGUUCUUCAUUAUUGCACUUGUCAUCAUCACCCAGUCAUCAGCUGCAGCAAAUAGGUGUUGGUCCUGGUGCAAACAAGUUGACUACCACCGAUGACAAUCCUGAAGUAAACCUCAAACCUAGAGUGAAGCCAACCAUAAUAAAGAUAAAAUCAAAGAAAAUGUCCAGGGAGUCUCAAACUCAUUCUGAGUUUAAUCCUCCUACAGAUGCUUAUUGUGGAGAUGAAUCAACAUCUAAAAUCUUUUCCCAUUUGGAACAAAACCAAGUUCCAGAAACAGGUAAUGGCCCUGAUAGAUUCAGUCAGAAUUUGCAUUGGGGUGUACUGAUGGAUGAUUCUGUUGGCAGAAACAAGUCUCAUGGAUCUAGAAGCGGUUUACGUAGCAGUCAUGAUAUUUGUGAAAGUGCUUCUAAUGCUUGUAAUGAUCAUAACGAAACAGGUUCUGAAUUCCCUCAUGCCGCGACUGAUGCAGCACGUAGAAAGAGAUCCUUAAGAUUUACUGCAAUGUCAAGAGACGCAGCAUUCGGGAAAGAUGACCUAAAAAUAAGAGAGAGCCAUGUAGCUGUAGGUUCAUCAAGAAACACCGAAAAGCUAACCAAGAAGGCUACUGGUUCUCCGCCAUUAGGAUGGACUUCAAGUAAUGUGUUCAAGUGCCGGUCAUCUAGAAACACUAAAGAGGGUUCUUCCAGGGAUGAAAAUAUUUUUUCAUCUGGAAUGAGCUCGAAUGAGGCAGUGAAAAAACUGAAUUGGUUGCUAUUGUCAGAGCGUGAAGAGGGUUACCGCUACAUUCCUCAGCUAGGUGAUGAAGUAGUGUACUUCCGACAGGGGCAUCAAGAAUAUAUAGAAUAUAGUGAUUCAUCAGAGCCUGGUCCUUGGACAAAGAAUGCAGCUGCAGUCCAAGCUGUGGAAAUUUGCUUGGUAAAACAUCUUUCAUAUGCAACUCUUCCUGGCUCUGGUGAGAGCUGCUGUAAAGUUACACUUCAAUUCAUAGAUUCCUCUUCCCCUGUCUCUGGACAGAAGUUUAAGCUUACACUGCCCGAACUAGUCAACUUCCCUGACUUUCUAAUUGAGAGAUCAAGGUAUGAGACUGCAAUGGAGAGAAAUUGGUCGUAUGGAGAUAAGUGUCUGGUUUGGUGGAAGGAUGAGAGUGAGCAAGGUGGUAAGUGGUGGGUAGGUGAGGUAGUUUCAGUGAAAGCCAAGUCUGACCAGUUUCCUGAUAGUCCAUGGGAAAGAUGUGGUAUCCUAUACGAAGGUGAAGUAGAACCCCAUCCUCAGAGUCCCUGGGAACUACAUGAUGUAGAUAGUUCAUGGGAGCAACCUCAACUUGACUUGGAAAGCAAAAAUAGAGUGUUGUCAUCUGUCACUGAACUACUGCAGUCAGCAAGCAGAAAUCAGGAUAACUUUGGGAUUCUAAAAUUGAAACAUGUUGCUGUGAAACUGGACUUCAUGAAUAGGUUCCCUGUUCCUCUAUCACCUGAAAUAAUCCGGUUAAGGUUAGAGAACAACUAUUAUAGAAGCUUGAAAGCAAUGAAGCAUGAUUUCUCUGUGAUGAUAGCAAAUGGUGAGGCUUACUUUGCCAAAAACAGAGAGCUUUCACUGAAAAUGAAGCGUCUUUUAGAUUGGUUUACCGAGAAAUUAUCAAAUUUAUGAGGGCAUGCUUCUCCUUAGCUUAUUAGUUUUCUUUCCUUCUUCCAACUGCCUGGCGGAUCCAAUUUUGUGGAAUGGAUCUUCAGUGCUUGGGCUCUGGAAAUGGUUGGUCUCAGAGUCUAGAGUUGUCUGUUGUAUUAUUUUGGGGGGUUUGGAGUACAGUUUACACCAAGUAGAAAUACUAUGUGGAGAUACAGAGAGGGGGCAUUCUUUUUUUUUUGCAUGUUUCUUCUCGAGAAUGUUACUCAGAAAACAGGAUUAUUUUGUUUACUUUUACUAUACUU